UUCAAGGACAAGCUCCUUCCACAGGCUAUUGAUUAUCUUCAGAAGGCCUUCAGGGUUCGUAGGCAGUCAGGUCCAAUAUUACUGAGCAGACAAUGCGCAACCAAUCAGUACCUUAGGAAAAGAGAUGAUCCACAUCGCUACUGUCAGGGACCGUGUGCAGACAUCACCAAGUGUGGCCCAGUUGUUGUCCCUGAACAACAUUUGCAGCAAUGCAGGGUUUGCAGUGAGUCUGGCAAGUCCUGCGGCCCCGCUGGUUCUCCUGAUGGUGAGGGGGUGGUGAGGGCUGAUUUUGUGUUGUACGUGAGUGCGAUGACCACAGAGCGUUGUGGACAAGAAAACAUCGUAGCCUAUGCAGCGUACUGCCAGCUGGAGUCUGAACUGGACAGGCCCAUCGCUGGAUAUGCCAAUCUGUGUCCCAAUAUGAUCUCUACUCAACCUCAGGAGUUUGAAGGGAUGCUGUCCACAGUCAAACACGAGAUCAUACAUGCCCUGGGUUUUUCUGCAGGACUCUUUGCGUUUUACCAUGAUGAUGAUGGGAAACCUUUGACACCACGUUCUGCAAGUGGUCUACCUGCAUACAAUGAAAGUUUAGGGUUAUAUCAAUGGAGUGAUAAAGUCAUCAAAAGAGCAACUCGGCUGUGGGACAUCCGUGGAGGCCACAUGGUCCGACACACGGUCCAUCUUCUGGCCACCCCACGUGUAGUUGAGGAAACCAGGAGACAUUUUAAUUGCCCCAUUCUAGAGGGCAUGGAACUGGAGAACCAGGGAGGUGCUGGCACCGAGUUCAACCACUGGGAAAAACGUCUGUUAGAGAAUGAAUCAAUAACUGGAUCUCAUACACAGAACAGAGUGUUUUCCAGAAUGACUUUGGCCAUAAUGGAGGAUACAGUGUGGUACAGAGCCAAUUAUAGUAUGGCGGAGAACUUGGAGUGGGGAAGAGGUUUGGGUUGCGACUUUGUAAUGAAAAGCUGUAAAUUCUGGAAAGACCAACAUCGCCAUACGAGGCCAACCCUGAGCCCGUACUGUGAUUCUGUGAGGAGCGCACCUCUACAGCUCACCUGCAGGCAGGACCAGCUGGCAGUGGCCGUGUGCAACCUGCAGAAGUUUCCUCAUGUGCUUCCUGCAGAGUAUCAGUAUUUUGACCAUAUCCCUGGUGUCCCUGAGGAAGAUUUGCCAGCAUAUGGAGGGGCUGUAGAGAUCGCAGACUACUGUCCUUUUAGCCAGGAGUUUAGUUGGCAUGUGGGUGGGGAAUACCAGCACAGCUCUUACUGCAGGAUACAGGAGAACCAGCCAGCCACAUGGAGAAACUAUGGGGCGGAACAGUAUGGCCCGGGGUCAGUGUGUCUGUACCAGAAGUCACCAUUUGUAAUGGAGCAGUGCACCAAAAGAAUGACCUACCCAGACUGGGGCAGUGGUUGCUAUAAGGUGUCUUGCACAGCCCAAGGGUUGUUGGUCUGGGUGCAGAAUGAGUCAUAUCCAUGUGUUCGUACUGGUCAGGUGAUCAACGUAAGCAUACGAAUGAAUGGAUGGGUCUACAGUGGACAGCUCAUCUGCCCAACCUGCUCUGACUUCUGCAGCGUCUGCCCCCUCCCUCAUGAGAUCUCCCCUCAAAACACCACCAAGAGUGCCCGCUUGGAUCCUUGUUCCAGGUCUUCUUGUUUGGUGGUGAACUUAUGGCAGCUCCUGUUAACUCUUACUCCACUGCUGAUCGGCUUCCUCCUUUGUGGCAGGGACUGAAUUUGUUCCCAGUUUAUUGGGUGAAUAUGGAUGCCUUGAUAUGCUACAGGCUUCCCUUGAGGUUUAGCUGCUGUGGAGAGCAAAACGGCGAUUAGUGUAGUCUGUGAUCUGAUAACUGUUCUCUCUGUGUGGAGGUGUGGACUGUAGGUGGGAUUGAAAAGCCAUUUGAUUGCACUCCUCCUUGCCUGGCUGUCAGGUGCCAGCGAGCUGUUGAUCCAAUGUGAAGCCAUAGUCAUGCAAGUUACGGUUGUGCAGGUGCUAAUUAAUGUUCUCUUUGUGUCUCUGAUGGACCUGUAGCAUUUUGGGUCAUGAAAUAGGCAUCUGUUUGAGAAUGUCGGGAGAUAUUCUCUCUGGUCUUCUGCUCAUGGUGCUUCUCUGUUGUUUCGUAAAAUUACUUGCUGGCAAUGUUUUGAUCAGUGUAUAUCAGGUCAUGUGACUGACGAUGCUUGUGAUUUUGCAUGGAGAAGUGCAGGUGAGAUCUCUGUUAAGGUUCGUGCAAGUGCUGAUUUUUUUUUGAUAAUUUAUAGAAAUUUGAAUGUUGCUGUUGUACAAGAUAAAUACUUCAGAAAGGGUUUAAACGUGUUUGAAUUUAUGGUAUUUAUUAAUACAC